UCCUUUGCUGCUCUGUUGAACUCGUCUGUUGUAAUCGAGGACAGAAAUGAAACCGGGUCAGAUAAUGGUUCACAUAUUGCACCUCAUUCUGUACUAUUAAACCUACCUCCAGGGGUAGAUCCACUAACGGAAGAAAAACUCGGAGAGAAUAUGGAAUACAAAAUUGAUGAUAUGCUUGUCAACAGUGUUCUUCUUGUACACACAUCCCCGAAAUCGUUUACGCUGUCAGUUGACGUACAAAUAGAACAAAGUGGUUUUCAAUUGCCUACAUAUUCACGGAAACUAGAGAUAACACAGUUCUGUGUCGAAGAAUGUGAUCAAGAUAAGUAUGGAAUGAGCUGCGACAGAAGCUGUGAUUGUAACUUGCAAAAUACUGUGCAAUGCGAUAGGUUGGAUGGAACAUGUAACUGCGCUUCGGGAUGGCAAGGUCUUACUUGCAAUGAUUCAGUGUGCUCCUGCAUAUCUAACCAUACAGAAAGUUGUGAUCCAGAGACCAAACUGUGCUUAUGCAACCGUCAUUGGUCUGGCAACAGUUGUGAAGUGGAUUUUAAUGAAUGCAGCAAUACUUCUCUUUGUGGCAAUUAUCCACACACAUCCUGUGUUAGUAAGGAAUGGGGAUAUGAUUGUCUCUGUCAAGCAGGAUAUAAACUUGAAAAUCACACUUGUGUUGAAUGUGGAAAUACAAAAUAUGGGUUAAACUGCAAUCAGACAUGUCACUGCAAUUGGAACCACACAAGACAUUGUGACAAAAUCACCGGAUUGUGUGUGUGUGAAGCAGAGUGGAAAGGGCUUACUUGCAGUGAAUCAGCGUGUCAUUGCAUUGCAAAUAAUACGGUUAAGUGUGAACCUGAAUCUGAAUCCUGUUUAUGCAAAAAGGAGUGGACAGGCGACAGAUGUGAGACAGAUAUUGAUGAAUGUCAAAACAAAUCUGUAUGUGCCAAUUUUCCGCACACUGUUUGUGUGAAUAGAGACUGGGGAUAUGACUGUGUUUGCAGUGCUGGGUAUCAAUCUAAGAAUGGGCGUUGCGUUGCAUGCCAAUGUAUUGUUGAGAACACGGCGAAAUGUGACCCAGAACGAAAUCUCUGUCAGUGUAAAUAUGGAUGGACAGGUACUGGAUGUGAAGCUGAUAUAAAUGAAUGCAAGAAUACUUCAAUAUGUGAAGGUCAAGCAAAUACAGCAUGCCAGAAUAGGAUGUCUGGAUAUGACUGCCUAUGCCGUUUGGGUUAUGAGCCAAUAGGCAGUGUUUGUGUUGAAAUACAGACUCUCGAGACCACUACAUUGAUAUCUUCAACAAAUGAAAUAGUGAUACCAGUGACCCUGCAUCUUGAAUUCGAGCUACCACCAACAGAUAAUCUCGAGGUUGAAGUGACUUACCAGAGGUACAAAAAAUUAUCGAUUGAUAUGCUUUCAGAUUAUUACACAGAGCAACUGGGCAAAAGUUUUAUCAGAGUCCUUGUUCGUAGCAUAAGUAUAGGAAGUCUGGUAGUUGAUCAUGAGGUCGUUACAAAAAACACAACACCGAUUGCAGAGGAGCUGGCUGUUGCAGUAGCGAAGAUGACAGCAAAUAGUGAAGACAAGCCUUUGCUUAUAUUUGAUGGACAAAAGGUCACAGUGAAAGACGUUAGUCUCAACAAAACUAAAGUCAAAAACGUGUGCGAAGCAUAUAUGUCACUCAGUCCAUGCAAUCUGACUGACUGCAUUCAGGAACAAGGCAAGCCUAGAUGCAGAAAAUUGACACCGCCCGCAGAAAACAGUAAAGAUUAUACUAUCCUUGUUAUAUCUCUCUCGGCUGGUAUACCAAUAUCAAUUUUGAUAUUUGCAUUUGUUGUUGGCUUUUGUCUAAGGAAAGAUAAAAACAAUGACACUAAAAAAAUACAGAAUGACAAUGUUCAAUUGAGGCGUAAGUCGUACGAGUACGAGCACCUUAAUCCAGGAUAUGAUUCUACAGACGUCGAUCGUGAUGACCUGGACUCCGAUAAUCAUGAUGGUUUAUCAUUGAGCUCUACCCGUAUCAACGAUCGCUACGAUUAUCUGCCAUCAACGAGGCAGCAGAAACUGCAUAGCACAUCGGCAUGGCAGACAUUGGAAUCAGCGAGGCAGCAGGAACUGCAUAGCGCAUCGACAUGGCAGACAUUGGAAUCGGCGAGGCAGCAGAAACAGCACAGUACAUCAGCAUGGCAACUUCAUCCUGUGUAUGAUCAGAAUGGAUCGGAUAGCUCUCAAAAGGGCAAGUAUUAUCCAGAUCAAGAUUCCUAUGUUUAUUGUGGUAAACUGGAAUAGACGUAUGUAGCAGUUAUUGGGCACGAAAGAUAAUAAUUAUUGUUUUAUUAUUCGGAAUUAUUUGUUAAAAUCAGUUGAUUUAGCGGAGUCGAAUUGCAAAAAUGUGAAUUGAUACUUUGCCUUCAUACAAUAGUACGUGAUUUUCUAAGACAUUUAUUUCCAUAUUCAUUUACAUCAGGCAUGUUACUGUAGUAAUUUAGAUGUACGUUUAUUAUUAUAUAUACAUAAACGUAUGUUUGAUAAUGUAAAUAAACGCUGCUGAAGAAGACCGAGAGGCCGUGAGCUACGGUAAAUGUGUUUGUAUUUGUGUGCGUGUAAGCGUGUCUACAUGCGUGUGUGCAUGUGUGCGUGCGCGUAUAUGUGUUCCAAAAUAAAAUGUAUUUGGACAACAAAAUUGCUUUUGUAUAUCAGAAUCAUUGCAUAUGUUAAACCAUGUUUUAUUAUUGCUCUUAAUGUAAAGACAAAGACAUCAAAAGAAUGAUAAGAAAUUGGUUUUAAUCACAAAUUGCUGUUGUGUGUCAUAAUGAAAUAAUGUUAUAGAAGAUGUAUUGUUAUCGCUGAUUACAUAUUGAAUUAGUUAUUAGAAUAUAAUGCAGUUUGAUUAGUAAUAAUUGAUUGUUUAUUCCCAAAUAAAGUAUAUUCGGAUAA